GAACGCACCCUUAGUGCUAGUGAUCUACUUAUCUCAAUUUUGUUUGGAGGUAUAAUAUAAAGUUUUAGUUAAAGGUAUAAUGUAAGAAACAGUGAUUGAUGCAUUGUUGUUUCUUAGCAUAUAUUCUAAUUUCUAACCGGUAUUAUUCCUGGCCCAUCUUUCAGCGUGAUGGUAAUUUGGUAAAUACCAAGUAGCCUAGUGAAAACUGACUGUUUCACAUCUGUGAAAAAACAUUAGAUGUAAAUAAUAAUUAGUUAGGAUACUGCACCGCAUAAUAAUAAUUAACAUAAUCUGGGAGUGUAACUUUAUUUGUGUGACGGCCUAUAAAUUGUGCAAAUUUACCAACGCAUUUUUUGCACAGACGAACCUUAUAAAUUAGUCAAGUGAGAUCUUUGAUCUUUUAUUUAUGAAGCUUACAACUUAACAUGGAAUCUGUUGAAAAUGAUGGAGAAGUUGGUGAACUAUUUCAACCUUUAGAGGUGGUUGGUAGUGAAGAAGGCAACAGCAAACUGUACCUUGACUUAGACAGCUUAAGGGAGGAAUCUAAGAAUGAAAUCAGUUCAGACAGCUUAAGGGAGGAAUCUAAUAAUGAAAUCAGUUCAGACAGCUUAAGGGAGGAAUCUAAUAAAGAAAUCAGUUCAGACAGCUUAAGGGAGGAAUCUAAGAACGAAAUCAGUCCAGACAGCUUAAGGGAGGAAUUUAAUAAUGAAAUCAGUUCAGUCAGCUUAAAAGUAGAGUCUAAUAAUGAAAUCAGUUCAGGCAAUAAUGAAAUCAGUUCAGACAGCUUAAAGGUGGAAUCUAAUAAUGAAAUCAGUCCGGCUUCAGAAGAGAAUACAAACAAUGGAGAUGUGGUAUUUAGUAAAACAAAACUAUUUGUGUGUUUGAUCUGUGGCAAGAAGUUUAAUCAAAAUGCGGGAAGAUAUAACCACAUGAAAAAAAUACACAACAUAAACCAUGGUGAGAAAACCAAUAUACGCUGUUUGGAAAAAGGCUGUUCAUUCAGAUGUAGCUACAAAGAAAAACUACAACUCCAUCUAGUAGAAGAGCAUGGACUUAGCAUGGACAUCAGGGUCAACUAUUUUAACAGCUUUAGUGAGUUCCUGCGGUGGAAAGAAGAAUUUGAAAAACAAGAAAACACUCGAUUUGUUAAGAAAUCUGGAUCAAGACCAAGAGAAGAGGGAGUUCGAGUUGUAUAUUUCUACUGCAGUAGAUCUGGUACGCCAAUUUGUCGAACAAGUAUAGAGAAACAAAACGGCAAGAAGAGAUUUACUACCAAGUCAAAUCACCACUGCACAGCUUCAAUCACAUGUAUAGAGAAGGCAAACGGUGAAGUGGAAGUGAAGGUGUGUGCCACACACUACGGUCAUGACAACGACCUCCAAAGACUGCGACUCACAAAAACUGACAAGAUUAACAUUGUUGAACAGUUGGCUAAAGGUCUCCCUCGUGAUGUAAUCCUUGAUAACAUUCGGUCAUCAACUAGCUCGCAAGUUGAAAGAAUCAAUUUAAUUACCCUCAAGGAUGUUAAAAACAUUGAAAAGUCAUAUAGGGCGAAACCUAAGAGUACCAGCGGUAUUCCAACAAACUGUACUUGCAGCAACAUUAACAGCUGGGUGUCACUAAUGAGUGAAUCGGAUCACACUCCAGUUGUACACUUUGAGGAACAGGCUUCUAAUAAUUCUGCAGACUACGACUUCACUCUUGUCCUAAUGACAGUAGGACAGAUUGAAAUGGCAAAGAAAUACGGACAGUCAAAGAUAUUUUACAUUCCCACUUAUACCACAAAGGAUGACAAAUACGUUGUAUACAGUAGGCCUAACAAAACUAAAAAUACACAUGAUAUUCAUCUUGCUACAUUGAUUGUUGCUGAUAGUCAUAAUGAUGCUAUACCCAUAGCUUUUGUGGUUUCGACUAAUCUUAGCAUGGAGAAAUUCAAGCUGUUUUUUGCAUGUGUGAAAACAAAUGUACCUGAACUUGAAGCCAAAGCUGUGCUAACUGAUGACCGAAAAGAGAUUUUUGAAGCCUGGAAUGUUGUUUUCACAAGUGAUUCUGGGGAAGAACCAUGUCAUCUGUGGAGUAAUCGUUUUGUUGACAAAGAUUGGAGGGAUAACUUGGUCAACAUACCUAAUGAAGAGAUUCAGGAAUCUGUUUAUGAACGACUCUAUUCCUAUUUAGAAUCCCCAGAAGAGAUGUCCUUUAGGGAUCUCAAAGACUUUGUUGAUUUUGAACUUUUAACAAACCCAUUGACAUUUCAAUUUGGUAACCACUUUGCACUAAAAUACUUAGGAUCUGAAGCUGUUUGGGCAGGGUGUUAUGGGAAAAAGAGCAUUGCUGUUCACGCCCAGUUAAACAUGGAACGUCUUAGUGAUGAAAUAGAAGAUAUCAUCGAUAGGAAACAAUUGGGCCUUGAUAAAAGGUUCGUUGUUAGUACUGUGCAGGAUUUGCUUAAAUUAUUUAAUGAUAAUCAAUGUCAUCGUCAAGUGAAAAUUCAAAAACAAGUACAAGAGUUACCAAACCAUCAUAUACUUGCUUUGCAAAUCAAUCCAAAAGCGAUUUCUAAAGAGUCAGAGUUAUCUUGGCGUGUCAGCUCUACCAAGGAUCCUGAAAAGAUUUUCUCUAUUGUAACUAAACAACAAGAAAACAGUUGUAACUCCCAACCAUGUGUGUUGUUUUGCAAUAGAUGUAGUACUUGUGCUCACAAGUUUAGUUGUUCUUGUAGGUUGUAUGCUUUUGAUAAAACAAUGUGUAAACAUAUCCAUGCCGUUAUUAUCAACUUCUUUGAUGAGGUACACUUUCCAGAGCCUAAAAAAGAAAAGUCAAAAUCUGAUGAAAAGGCUACUUACCUUUGGGGAUGGCACAAGAAAAAGAAACUGAAUCCACCCACCGAAAGAAGUCAACAUUUUGAGCAAGAAGAAAAGAACCUAUCUAAAACAAAAGAUGUAACUGAGCGUCGUAAAAACACGAGAAAGAUUACAGACAAAUUGCCAAGUAAAAAAAGUAACAAAUCGUCAAGUAAACAAAGUAACAAAACAAUAUUAUUAGCGUCAGAAGAAACUAUACCUAGUAAAGGAACAAGAAGUGUUAUAGCAACCCCCAGAACUAAAGAAGAGGAAAAUUUACUGUUUUAUGAAGACGCUACUGAAAAGGCAAAAUUUAUUGAAGUUGAAACCAAUAUUUCUAAUAAAGGAGAUGACUCGCCCCCAAAAUUAGACGCAACUGUAGUUGAAGAUAGUCAGAAGAAAGAGUCAGAAGUCAAGCGAAAAAGAGGGAGACCAAAGAAAAAUACAAAUCGAGAAAGUGAAAUAACUGCUAACGAAAAAAAGGUUAAAGUUGAGGACAGUAAAACACCACAUCGGUUAAAAGUAAAUAUAUUGAAAAAAUGCAGGAAAACACAAACUAGGAGUCCACAAAAAAGUUGUAAAAAAUAGUGAUUUUGUAGCUUCUCUCCUAAAAAUCCCUUUUUUAGAACAUUUCAAUAUACAA